AGUAAUCGAUGAAGAACGAGUGCAUGUCGUGUGUUUAAUGAAAGUGUACUUAUAUGACAUCAUUGUAAGAUAAUUUAAAGAAUUCUAUUAUUAAGUCCGAUGUAAUUACUAUUGAUUGUAUGAAGUAGUACAUGUCAAUUAUCAGUAGCACUUGAAAAAUUUAAAAUGGGCGAAAAAGUUGUAUCCGAAUUUGAGUUUGCACCCUUACGCACUCUAGAUGACUUUUUAUUGGAAUCUGCAAGAUUUCAAAUUCCAAAUGUAAAAGAUUUAGAGAAAUGGGGCAAUCGCGUGUGCAAAAAUUUAUUGUACUACCAAACAAAUUAUUUUCUUCUGGCAGUUAUCACAUUUAUUAUAGUAGGGGUAAUUCAUCCGACGAAAAUGGCAUGUGGUGUACUAGUUACUUUAAUAAUACUUUUAACACUGUACCUUAUCAGAGAUAAACCACGGUUAAAUCAUUUUAAAAGAAAACAUCCAAUUGUGUCAGUCGUUUUGUUGUUAAGCGGUGGAUAUUUUGUAACGUACAUGUUAGGAUCUUUACUUAUUUUCUUCGUGGGAAUAUUGCUACCGUUCUGCAUCAUCUUCAUCCAUGCAUCUUUACGUUUACGGAAUCUUAGAAACAAAAUUACUAAUCAUGUGGAAAUGCUUGGUUUAAAGAAAACCCCUAUGGGGAUUUUUCUUGAGGAAUUGGGUAUGGAACAGUUCUGAGGCAGCUCAUAAAUCUUUUGCGACACGGCUCAAGAAUUACUUUAUUGGUAUUUUCAAGAGAUCCAAUGAUGUACAGAAAAAUGCUCAUUAAAAAGAGAUUAUUUAAUUUAUAUGUACAAAACUGUAAUUAUUUUAUAACUAAAAUUUUUUUAUUUAUAUAUUGAAAUGCUAGUCAUGUAUAUUAAUAAUAACGUAAGUGUAAUAUUAAUAUAUUCUAUUGUACAGCACAAUAAAAUUUGUAAAAUGAUUCA